AUGUCCUACCCACGCGUCACACUCAGCGCUACCCCGUCCCACUCCCGCGGCGACCUCGCAAAACUCAACUCGUUCUUCCGGGAUGCCCAAACGGACUCCCCACCCUCCCCCCAUGAAUUCGACGCCUGGUUCUUCGCUCUCACCAUCGAUGACCGCGCAACCGUCCACGAUAUCCUCCAACCGCUGCACACCAACUGGCCCAGUCAAGUUGAAUACCCCAAUGUUAUUGCACUGGUGCACUGGUUGCGUGAGCACCGUGCUGAGUACCUUGCAGAGCGAGCUGCUGCCGUUGCGAAUGGUGUCCUGACGCCGGAGGUAGAGGGAGGAGACGAGAACUUGACAGUGGAGGGGGUCUUGAAGAUGAUUGAACAAGUCUUGGCAGCUCAUCUGGAACAAGCUGAGGCUGCGCCUACCGUACCUGAGCCCGAACCUCCUGUUCCUGAACCGACUUGCCCCGGCCCUAUGGACGAGGAGCCGCAGCCCAUUCAUCCUCGCCCAUAUCCUGUUGAUGGGAUGGACGUUCUGGCCGUUCUCGUCAUGGUCUUGGCUCCGGCAUGCUUGGUACGUCUCCUGAUGAUCUUGUUCCUCCUCUCGGUUCUACGACAGGCCUCUAAUGGUAUGCGACGUCUCUAG